AUGCCUCCUGUACGGUGCAACUUUGCCUCGGCACUCUAUGACCGUAUGGUGCCUCUUGCGGUCGGUGAGGUGCAACCAGCCGGUCUGUCGGUGAACUUCAUUGACGUCCAUCACCCCCGGGACAUUUUCGACCGGAUGAUAGCAAACCAGGAAUUCGAUGCUUCGGAAUUGUCGAGUUCAGAAUAUAUUACCCGUCAUGUGGCAGGAGAUAGCACCUUCAUUGCACUACCAGUCUUCCCCUCUCGGGUCUUCAGGCACAGUUUCAUCGUCGUGAACAAAGACAGAAUCAAAGAGCCAAAGGACCUGGAUGGUAAGAGGAUUGGGGUACAACUGUACACCAUGACCGCUGCCGUCUUCAUCCGAGGCCUGCUUCAGCAUGAAUAUGGUGUCGACAUAUCGUCCAUUGAGUGGGUGGAAGGCAAAAUGGAGGGACCAGGUUCUCACGGGAAGCCGUCCGCCUUGAAACCACUGAAGCCGAUCAAAAUCACCCAGAACACCAAUCCCACAAAGUCUCUGUCCGACCUCCUCGAGACUGGCGAGAUUGACGCGACAAUCGGCGCUGAUAUUCCAGCGUGCCUGGGCAAAGCACCGCACAUCGACCGGCUCUUCCCCGACUUCAAGAAAGUGGAAAUGGACUAUUACAAACGCACAGGCAUAUUCCCGAUCAUGCAUCUGGUUGCCAUGCGCCGAGACUACUACGAGCAAAACAAGUUCGCGGCGUCGGCCUUGUACAACGCUCUGAACGAAAGCAAGGAGUUGGCCCGAAAGCGGAUGGAGAGCACGGGUGCCCUCAGAUACAUGCUUCCGUGGCUACCUCAGGAGCUUGAUGAGAUUCAUGACGUGUUUGGGGAGGACUGCUGGCCAUAUGGCAUCGAAGAGAACCGGAAGACUCUGGAGGCGCUGGUACAGUAUCUUUAUGAUCAGUCAAUGAUUGAGAAGAAGGUACCUAUCGAGGAGCUAUUUGCGCCAGUGAGGAAGAUCAAUUUCAGGAUAGGCUGA